CAACAGACCUCCGACCGCCGUUAGCAGAAACUUGCACACCAUGGGCCAAUCAGCGUCAAUGCCAGGUCCCGAGGGGACAAAAUUCAGGGUCAUCGGAGCCGGGAUGUGUCGAACGGGCACCAAGACCCUGAACGAGGCCCUGACCAUCCUGCUCGGCGGGCCUGUCCACGACGCGGGCAUCCAGUCGCUCGGCGGCACGUUCAAGCAGGUGAACCAGUGGCUGAACAUCAUGAAGUACGCGCCGAAGGCCAAGACGUUCGCGCAGAAGAAGUACGUCGAGUACCUGCUGGCGGACGUGCUGGACGGGUACGUGGCGACGGUGGACUGCCCGGCGGCGACGCUGACGCCGGAGCUGAUGGCGCUGUACCCCGACGCCAUCGUCAUCGCCACGACGCGCGACGUGGACUCGUGGUGGAAGAGCAUGAGCUACGUCAACGACAUGAUGGCCAACUGGUACAUCCCCUUCGUCAUCAUGUGGAUCCCCAAGGUCGGCGUCUACGGCCGCUGGAGGGAGCUCUUCCGCCACGUCGCCCUGUGGCGCUACGGCGUCGAGCGCGUCGACAAGGGCAUGCUGAAGCUGCACGAGGACCACCUCAGGGCCGUCGUGCCGCCCGAGAAGCUGUUCUGGUACAACGUCUCCGAGGGCUGGGAGCCGCUGUGCAAGAUCCUCAACGUGCCCGUCCCGGACCGGCCCUUCCCCCACAACAACUCCAAGGCCUCCGCCGGCCAGACCUAUAAGGAUCUCAUUUCCGCCGGCAUCUUCUGCUGGGCCGUGGUCCUCGCCUUCGUCUGGCUGUUCGUCGGUAUCUUCUGGGGGAGGCUGCCGUACGGCACGCAGCUCCACGCCGUGCUGAGAUCGACUGCUGGCCAAAGCAUCGCGAACCCGAACGCCACUAGGGGUUGA